CUUCCGCUCAGCGCGAGACGGGUCUGAUGAACGUCAACAAAAGCAGCUUAAGUCGAGGAGAGUGGUCUGGAUCAGACAGCAGACUCAUGUCUGGAAGAUCUUCUUCAGAUCCGUGGAGUGGAGAGGAAGAGGAGGAGGAGGAGGGAGCGACAGAGCAGAGCUGAGACUCGUUCUGAUUGGCCGCACGGGCUCGGGCAAGAGCGCCACAGGAAACACCAUCCUCGGACGACGUCACUUCCUGUCUGCGCUGAGGGCAAGUUCGGUGACUCACGUGUGCGAAUGCGGCCGAGCAGACGAAGAGUCGGCGCUGAAGAGCGUUCUCGUCGUGGACAUGCCGGGAUUCGGCGACACUCGCUUCGACGCGACUCACGUUCACGCAGAGAUCGCUAAAUGCGUAGCGCUGACGGCUCCGGGUCCGCACGCCUUCCUGCUCGUCGUCCCGCUCGGCCGCUUCACGGCAGACGAAGAUCGGGUCGUCGCACAAAUGCUGCGGGUGUUCGGCGAGGCGGCGCUCCGCCACACGGUGGUGCUGUUCACGCGCGGAGACGAGCUGGAGGACGGCGGCGUCCAGGGUUUCUUCGAGUCAGCUCCGGAGCGACUGAAGGUGCUUCUGCGUGACUGCGGCGGGCGAUACUGCGUCUUCAACAACCGAGCGCCAGAGAACCGCACGCAAGUCAACACGCUGCUAACGAUGGUGGACGGCAUGGGCGGAGCUUGUUACACCAACAGCGUGUUCCUGCGCGCCGAUGACGUAAUACGUGAUGAACAGCGGCGCCUCGGUCGCAGCAGACGCCAGGCCCUACGAUCCGCACUCGGUCGCGUCCGAUCAGAAGUCGCGCUCUCUGGGAAGGUUCUGGAGCGCGUCAAAGCGCUAGUCGCGGCGGGAGCCACCGGGAUGGCGGUGGGGGCCGUUUUUGGGGCCGCAGCUCCCCUGGCGGCCGCGCGGAGCCUCGGCAUGAUGGCCGUGGAUCGGGCGGCGGAAGCGUGA